AUGGCCGUGCGCGUCGGUCUGGCCUCCGGCGCCUCCCCCGCGGCCACCUUCCCGAACAGCCACCUGCUGGAGCCUCGCGCGAGCCUCGGCGCCUGGGCGCCUCCGCAGCAGCCGCGCGCGCUCGACGAGCUCCGCAGGGCCGUGCGGGAGGAGGACUGGGCCCGGAACUACGCCGAGUCCGUCACGAAGAUCCAGAUGCAGGCCGAGUGGUCGGCGAGCCCGGAGAGGUGCGCGAUGCUGCAGGCGAUGGCGUCCGCCUCGAGGGCCGAGCGCGUGCUGGAGAUCGGCAGCUUCUGCGGGGCCGCGGCGCUGGCGCUGGCCGAGGUGCUGCCUACAGGCGGCGAGGUGCUCGCACUGGAGCUGGACGAGUACGCGGCGAGCUUUGCCAAGCGCUUUCAGGCGCGUAGCCCCAGCGGCCAUAAGGUCAAGCACAUGGUGGGCCCCGCAGUGGCAUCCCUGCGGGAGCUCGCGGAGGCGGUCGCGGCCGGGAGGUGCCGGCCUUUCGAUUUCGUCGUGGUGGAUGCCGACAAGGAGUGCAUGGAGCAGUACUUCGACCAGCUGUGGAGCACCCCAGGGAUGCUCAGCGAGGACGCCGUCGUCUGCGUGGACCUCACCCCCUUUAAAGGGCAGCCGCCGCUGCGCUACGUGAAGUACGGGUUCCCCUAUCAGUACCAGGCCGAGUCUGGCCAGAAGGCCAUCGACGCCCUGCGCGCGAGCGUGGCCGCCUCGCCAAGGUUCGCCGCCUACGAGUUCGGGCAGAUGCUGGUAGUGAAGGGCAAGCCCGCCUGGUGA